AUACGAAGAGACUUAGUUUAGCUUGCGUUUACCUACCAUCUCCGCGGGUCAGUUAGACGCGCGCUUUCAAGCUGCCAGCAGCAGCUAACGCACAACUCUUGUCAUCACCAUCCCUCCUUUUAGAAACGUCUUACGUCUAACUGACACGUAUCGAUACUAUUGCGAAAAGAAAUUCGUUGCUGUGAUUUUAGAAAGAAUAACAAAAAAUUUUCCUUUUUCCUUUUAUUACUUUCUUUCUUGCCUUUUAAUUCUUUUUCUUUUUUUUUUUUUCUUUUCAUCUUUUUCUUUUUCCCUUUCCCUUUUUCUUUUCUUUUUUUUUUUUUCGGACAAAUCCAUUAACGAAAGUUCCAUUCGUUUCUUCUCUCUCUCUCUCUCUCUUUCUCUCUUUCUCUCUCUCUCUCUCUCUCUCUCUAUGAGAUAUCUUUAAGACAAACAUCAUUUCAUAGUGUCAUAUGCAACAAUCGAAGAGGUAUCACGAAAGAAGAUAAUACAAUCAUUUGCACUUCUCCUUUGGAGAAUCUUCGAGAUGUGGAUCUUAGCAGUCGUUGCCCUAGCGUACUUUUCGUCGCUCGCGAAAGCGAUACCAAAUUAUUUCGGACUACCUCCUGGUCCAUAUUGUGCUGGAAGAUAUCCAGCAAGGAGAUGUUGUGAAGGACGACAGGAUGACUGUAGUGCACCGAUAUUAUCGACGACAUGUUAUUGCGAUGACUUUUGUGAUCGAGACAGAGAAGAAGAUUGUUGUCCGGAUUAUUAUUUACAUUGCAAAGGCAUGCCCACGGAACCUCCACCGGAAGAGGUCAGACUUUGUUCCUACGAUGGAAGAUAUUACAAUCACAGUCAGAUUUUCAAAGUAAAUUGCAAUCAAUGUAAAUGUUCGACGUUAGGUAGACGCGCAGAAAUUCUUUGCGAGAAGAAUCGAUGCCUGAUCGAACCAGAUUUUCUAGAGGAACUUUAUAUGGAGAAUAAUGCGUUAGGUUGGCAGCCUGGAAAUUAUUCGAAAUUUUGGGGAAGGUCUUUACAAGAUGGAAUACAAUAUCGAUUGGGUACAUUAAAUCCGUCGCAAUCGAUUUAUAAAAUGAAUCCAGUUAAACGGGUUUAUGAUCCCGAAGCAUUACCACGUAGUUUCAAUGCUAAGUCACGCUGGUCUCGUGACAUAUCUGAAAUUCACGAUCAAGGAUGGUGCGGAGCUUCCUGGGCUAUAUCAACGGCCGACGUUGCAUCCGAUAGAUUUGCCAUCAUGAGCAAAGGUCUCGAAGCCGUAGAAUUAAGUGCACAGCAUCUUCUUUCGUGUAAUAAUCGAGGUCAGCGAGGUUGUAGCGGUGGUUACUUGGACCGUGCCUGGUUCUUCAUGAGAAGAUUCGGAUUAGUCGACAGGGAUUGUUAUCCUUGGACAGGUCAACAAGAUCAAUGUAGAUUACGAAAGAGAACAAAUCUGAAAACAGCCGGAUGUCGAAAUCCACCCAAUCCGCUUAGAAAGGAAUUAUAUAAAGUCGGGCCUGCUUAUCGUCUUGGUAAUGAGACGGAUAUAAUGCAGGAAAUCUUAACUUCCGGCCCUGUUCAAGCAACGAUGAAAGUCUAUCAGGAUUUCUUCAUUUAUCAAUCGGGUAUUUAUCGACAUUCUCGAACCGCGGAGAUGUAUGAAUCUGGAUAUCAUUCGGUGAGAAUCAUUGGUUGGGGUGAGGAUUAUCAUCGUGGAGCUUUGGUCAAAUAUUGGAUCGUAGCAAAUUCUUGGGGCUAUGACUGGGGUGAAAAAGGCCUUUUUAGAAUCCAAAGGGGUACGAACGAAUGUGAGAUCGAAUCUUAUGUAUUAGGAGUUUGGGCUGAAACAUUAUAAUAUUAAUAGAGUAUAUAUAUUUAUAUACGAAGAACAUUGUGACAUUUUUCACGAUCACUAAAUAAUAUCGGUGCAUUUAUCGAUUCUACUGUCCUCAUUGUUUCGUCGAAUUUUAUAUUAAUAGAUAAUUGUUAAAUCGCGUUAAACGCAGAUACAAUAGCCAUUUGUUAAAUAUCUGAUUUGGUAUUUUUGUUAUUCCGUUUAAAUCAAUGCAAACCAAUGCAACAAAUUUAUAUUGUUGCCAUAGUUUAAUGCUUAUGGUGAAAAUAUCAAAGUACAAGUAUGAAUAAAAGUACAAGCGAAACACAAUAAAUAAUAUCAAUCAUAUAAGGAUGCGUUAAGAGAAAGAAAGAAGGAAAAGAAAGAAAGAAAGAAAGAAAGAAAGAAAGAAAGAAAGAAAGAAAAAGAAAAAAAUAACUCCUUAUGACAAACAGAUUACCAUAUGUACAAUGUACCAAAUUGAUAUCAUCCCAACUCAGGUUUAUACCUACAUACAUACAUAUAUACAUAUAUAUAUAUAUAUAUACAUACAUACAUAUGUAUAUAUGCAUAUAUAUAAUACAUAUUUUUAAGAAUCAUAAUAACAAUAUACCAUAUUACACAAAUUAUUAAUAUACUGCCAAUCUUUAUAACGAUACAAAAGGACUGUGCGUAAGUGCGUGCGUGUACGUAUAUGUGUGUGUGCGUGUAUGUGUGUGCGCCUGUGUGCGUGUGUGUGCGCGUGUGUAUGCGUUUGAAUGUAAGUAAGUCGACAUUUUGAAAUGUCUUCGUUAAAUAAUUUUAAUGUCAAAUCAUUAAUCAUUCGCAAAAUUAUUUGACCGACUGCUUGUUUUGCCACGUCAAUUUACAAUUUACUUACAUAUAUUACAAUUAGUUUAGAAAUAAUUUCAUUAUAUUAUCUAUAAUUUUAAUUAGAUAAUUUCGAAAAAUUAGCGAAUUUCGUGCUUUCUGCUUUUUUACUCAUAUGCAGAUCAUAUAAUUUUAAUUAAUAUUUUAUAUUAUAUCAAUCAUUAUAUACGCGUGAUGAUAACGAAAUAUCCAAUUAUGGUAAUUCUAAUAAUUACAUCGAAAAAUAAUGUAACUCAUGUAAACUGGAUUGUAUACGAAUAUCAUAUUUUACUCAAGUAUACGUGUAGUAUAUAUAUAUAUAUAUAUAUGAGAAUUAGCUUCCAUAACUGUUUUAUCUAAACGCGUCAGUAUUUAAGUAAAAUGUUAAUAGAAUUCGAAAUGAAUUCUUUGAAAUAUUUUUGUUACAUGCAACGCCACGACUAUCCUAAUCAUGUCUUUAGUUAAAUAGUAAAAUAUUAAGCAUGUCCUUUUAUGCCUCGUGUAUGUCCCUUGUAAGUUAUUACAUGAUUAUUUUUGAAAUAAAAGAAUUGAUAUACAUCAA